UAUUGCUUGUAUCUUUGUUAGGAAAGUCCUACAGAUAUUAUACCCACUCAAUGAAUAUUCAUAUCUGGCAUAGUCGACCUGAUAGACGUGAAAAAAUGUCUUUUUUCAUUGAGAACAUACUUAAGACAGAACCUUGUCACAAUAAGGGUAAAAGUGAUGUCGAUUGUUGUGCUUAUACUACUGGAAGGGAUUUGGUACAACCUAUACCAAUCUAUUCUUAUGACAGAGGUACUUAUGCUAGCUUUGAACAGUGGCAAAAGUACCGCUACUAUUACGAUUUGUAUUAUAACAUGAAAGACCCGAAUCAUUUCACCUCAGGAAGGAUCAGCCAAUCUUCAUUUUCAUUCCAUUCAAAUUUAAAUAUCUAUUCGAAAAAAAAAGGAGGCCAAGUUCGGUUUUCAUUAGAACAAACUGAAGUAUUAGAACAACGGUUCAGUUCCCAUAAAUACUUGAGUCCAGAAGACAGGAAAUGCCUUGCCAAAACCCUCAAUUUAUCAGAUAGACAGGUGAAAACAUGGUUUCAAAAUCGACGCGCCAAGUGGAGAAGAUCUCAAUUAAUAGAGAGCAAUGAAAAUUUAUCCCUGAAAUUUGAACUAGAAGAUCACGUUAAUGAAGUAUCUCGCUCAUCAUAUCUAAACGUUAUGUAUGAUUUCAAAAAAUAAUAUUACAAAAUGAAUUAAAAUGUUACUAUAUAAAAAUGUUCCCAUCCUUUUUAAUUGAGAUACAAAUAAAAGUCUG